AUGGUCCCUGGGAGGAUGUUUGGAGCAAGCGCCAUAUUCUCAAGAUGUGUCCGGCACUCGGUCACGAGCUCAAGGAGAUACUUUCCCAUCAGCCAGAGACGGUUUGAAUCGUCAGUCGCCGGUAUAUCAGAAGUGCUAUUCACCCGGGCUCGUUCGAUCGCGAAACAACAUGACGAACUUUCAGCAACCCUGAGCGAGGGUUUCGAUCCCAAAGUCGCAAAGCGCGUGGGUGAACUGGCGCCUAUUGUCAAGGUUUUGAAGGAUUGGGACAAAGCCAAUGAUAGCAUCGCAGAAUUGGAAGCACUACUUGAAGACCCCGAAACUGACUCGGAACUAAAAUCGCUCGCUAUCGAGGAUCUCGACCAUACCAAAUCGACACUUCCGACCGUAUCGGAGGAAUUGAAAAAAGCCCUUAUCCCGCGACACCCUUUCGCUACUCUCCCAUGUCUUUUAGAAAUCAGGCCCGGUGCCGGCGGCGACGAGGCGGGACUCUUCGCUCUAGAGCUGCUGAGGAUGUACACUUCGUUUUGCUCGAGCAACGGGCUGCGCGCGACUAUCGUGAAGCAAGACAUGGAAGAUGCGGUAUCGACGGCAGACGCGCGCCUCACCGAAGCCGUGGUGGAGAUCGAGACGCCCGGCAGUUACGAUAUCCUGAGGACCGAGAUUGGAGUGCAUCGCGUGCAGAGAGUGCCAGCGACAGAGACCAAAGGCCGCACGCAUACUAGCGCUGUCAGCGUGAUGAUUCUGCCCAGUUUCCCAGAGACAGCAGCAGCAAACGAUGGGGCUGUGAAUUUCGAAGACCCAAACAGUGACUACUAUGUCGAUCCGCAGGAAGUGCGGUUAGAAAAGAUGCGAGCCAGUGGUGCUGGAGGUCAGCAUGUAAACAAGACAGAAUCUGCGAUUCGAUUAACCCAUAUUCCGACGGGGGUCACCGUCUCCAUGCAAGAUUCGAGAUCCCAACACGCCAACCGCAAAAGCGCCUGGCAGCUGCUCCGAGCCAAGCUCGCCGAGAGGAAACGAGAGGCUCGCGAGGAAGAGAUGGUCAAGCUGCGAAGAGGCGCAAUGGGCGGCGUGGCUAGGAUGGGCCGGGGUGACAAAGUCCGGACUUACAAUUUCAGUCAGAGUCGAUGCACCGACCAUCGAAGCGGAGCUACAAUACAUGAUCUAUCGAAUGUACUCGAUGGCGGCCAUGGGCUAGAAACAAUCAUGGACAGUGUCCGAAAGUGCCUGGGGGACCGCGAUGUAGAAGACAUGAUCGCGGAGGAGAAGCUGAAAAAGGAGUAA